GUAGUACUCAUAAUUAAAAAAAUUACCAACUAAAUGUCGAAUCCAGAUAAUGAUAACUUCAAUGCCGACGAACUGGUUGCACCUGAAUGGCUGAAUGGACAAUUUAUCACAAAAGUUCUUAGCGAGCAUGAAAAGGCUCCCGAGCUAAAGGUCACCGGGCUGCACUUUUCUCCAGCCAGCGCCAAGGGCGAUCACUAUGCCAGUGUGAUGUUCCGGGUCAAAGCGGAGUACACCACUCGGAAAGGAGCCUCCAUCAAGUCGCUAAUCAUCAAAACAAUGCCGGAACAAGAGGGUCACAAGAAGGAUAUGCUGGGCGAUUCGCCAAUCUUCAAAACAGAGAUCGGAAUGUACAGCAAAGUAUUGCCAGAGUUUGAGUCAAUACUCCGCAACGCUGGGGACGAUGCAAAACUCUACGUGGACUGCAUCUAUCACAGCCUGGAGCCGCGUCAGGUGAUGAUCUUCGAGGAUCUGGUGGAGAUGGGCUACACUGUGAUACGGGAUCGUGAAUUGAACCUUGAUGAGGUCCGUUCUGUGUACUCCAAACUGGCGAAAUGGCAUGCUGCGAGCUUUAAAGUCCAAAACGAGCAACCCACUGUGCUCAAAGGCUACACCACCGGACUGUUUGAGAUGCCAAAGUUUUUAGAGGAAGUAUUUAUUGGCACCGGGAUAACAUUCUUUUUGGAACUGUUGGAUAAAGAGCCCGAACUGCGAAAGUACAAGCCUUACUUUGAGAGCAUUAAGGGAGACUUUCUCCAGCGAUUGAAGAAUGAGUGGACGCAAAUGCGUCAGAACCCGAAACCAGAUCAGUAUUACGUGCUCUGCCAUGGAGAUUUCCAUCUACGUAACAUGAUGUUCAAGCACAACAAGCAGACAGGAGUCUUUGAAGACUGUAUGCUGCUGGACUUUCAAAUCUGCAGUAUUUCCCCCUUGACCAUUGAUUUGAUCUACUCCAUCUACAUGCUGAUGGAGCCACAGCAACGAUGGGAUCAUUGGGAGGAUCUGCUCAAGAAUUACUUCUCUGUUUUGGUGGGCACUCUGAAGAAGAUCGGAUACAAAGGAGAAAUGCCCACGGAAGAUGGACUCUGGCAGCGAUUGCAUCAACAAAAAUAUUAUCACUUCCUCUUGAUAAGCACAUUCCUGCCAUUAAUGUGGGCCCUAAGGGAGGACGGAACUGAUUUCGGUGAUCUGUUGCAGAACGACGAAAAGCGUAGAAACUGCUCAUUUUUGAAGGGCUAUGUCAAAGAUGUCACAAUAUUGUUGCCACGAUUAGAUCAAUUAGGCUACUUUAAACAAACCUAAAGUAUCGAAUGUGUUCUGUUUCAUCCAAGAUGAACUUUUGCAUAUAAACUGAUUA